ACUGUUCUUUUUCUCUCCUUCCCAUGACUUUCCCACCAAUGUAUCCCACCCCCUAUCCAGAAAUUGAUGAAGACCGGCUCCCCAACCCUCUGCUGAAGCCGGGUCUAUCCAUGUCUCCAAGGCAGAGGAAGAAAGUAUCCCGCACCACCCCCACCAUGAAAGAGCUCCAGACGAUGGUUGAGCACCAUCUCUGCAAGCAACAGGCGGAUGAGGAGGAAGUCAGUACCGGGAGCCAGGAGCCACACAGUCCAAACUGCUGCCCUCAUGCCAACUCAGAACCCGGCCACAGUCCUGGGAGCUGCCCCUUGGCCAAAGCUCAUGCCCACCUGGAAUUGCAGCAGGACAAGCACUCCGGGCUGGAAGAACAAGGAAGAAUCACAGGAGACUGCUGCUCAGAGAGAUCUGACAAUGGGAGACCAGAGCUGUCCUCAGAGAUGCAAGGGGUCCAUAUACCACCGAAGGAGAAGGAUGGGCUGGCCAAGGAGUGAUGCUCUGGUUUACACGCAGCGGGCCGCUUCCGAACACAGAAAGACAGGGCUGGUGCCCACCUGGUGGAAUACCACACAGCUAUUUUUUUUCUGUUUUUUAAAAUGAUUUUUAAAAAUAUUUCAAUGGCUGUUCAGAUGUUUGUAAUGUUUUCUUUAAAAAAAAAAGAUUGGACAGCCCACGGGCAAGGUUAUAUGUAAAGUAGGAUGUGGUUAAUCCUUGGCUAGUAGGGUUGUGUUAUUUUUAUUUUGUUUAGUCAAGAGUUGGGAGCUCUGUAGUCUACCACAUAACCCCAGUCUCACACAAAUGGCAAAUGGAGACAUGCUACGGGAGGAACUCACAGGAUCGACUAUGCCUCCCUUUUAAAAAAAAAUCACAUAGAAAACUAGGAUGGAGGAAAUGUGGUCCAGCUGGAUGUUCUGUGUGCAAGAAGGGGGUCAUGAAACCACCUUAGCCCCUGGCUGUCAUCUGAAGUGACCCAAUCUGGCACUAACUUUCCAACUGCCCUCUGUGAGAGCUGGAAUGUAGACCAUCUUCUACUCCACAAGGCUUUGUUUUCCAAUGUAAUAUGACAAAGGUGUUUUUGAUAGCUCCGUUCUCAUCCCCAACUCUUAUAUUGCUUUCUUGACCCACUCCAACUUGUUCUGUGGGACAAACCUUGCCACUUCCCAGAGUGCCUUGGGAGGAACCAAGGACUGGGAAUAGCGGGGAAAGCUUUCAACAGACUGCCGCUGCUCUCUAAUUCACAAGCACUGUCAGUGGAGGGGGCUUGGGGAGGCCUUGAGCUGUCCCCAUUGGUGUGGUUUCUUUGUAAAACUGUCCUGUGGGUAGAAAUGGGUCAGGCUGGAUGCCGUGGUCUCCUUGCCCCUUUUGCUCCCCUCAACUCUGGGGAACGGUGCUCCACAGCAAUGCCUUUUGGGAAUGAAAAACAAUAUUCCCUCUUUUUGAAGCAAACAACAAGCCUUAGUGGUUAUAUGUAAAGGUAUUCCUGUUCUCUGGGUUAUGACAGAAGUGCUCCUUUUAUAAUACGGUAAUGAGUGCUUGCAAUUUCAUUCCACCAUACAAGAAAACCUGGUCAGUGCUUCCCUCCUGCAUAAACAGAACUGUUUCAGAUGGGGCCCAGAUGGGAAUUGUGCAGCAGAAAUGUAUGUAUGUUUAGGGACCUGGCAAUGAUGUAUAGGGUUGUACAUAAAGCUGAAACCCAUCUGGUUUGGGUUUCUGUUGUCUGUCAAGAUCCCAACGGCCCCAAUCAUAGAAGAAUCCAAGGUUGACUGGUGAUGUUGAAGUGGCCACCAAGUUCCAGCGUGUGUGUCCCUGGACCAUCAACGUGGUUUUACAGUGCCAGAUUUUUUUCCUCUUGCAUACACAUGUGAAUUCUGCUUCUUUAUUAAAUGGGUCAGUUUGG